CCGCUAGUGCUCAGUAGCGCAAGAUUGAAAGAACCAAGUCAAGGCAACGAUCUACGCGGAUCGCCAGCUUCUUGCCGUGUCUUUGUCCAUGAUGGACCAGUGGUUUAUAUACACUCUGAACCCAGUCUUGCUAGUAUUCUCAAUUACCUUUUUCGCUUUUUUCAGGCCUGUAGCUGCAGGAGUCAUUUGGUCCUGUUAGGCUGGGAUGUUGCCUCCACGAUGAUCCAAGGGGGCUGUAUCGCCCGGGAUUGCCUUGUCCGUGAGAGUUCACCAGAUGUCGGAUCUACUGCACAGCCUAAUGCAGAUAAUCCUCCAGCUGUACGAGCCCCCACCCAGAUGAAUCGGACGGGACAUCAAAUGAACGGAGCAAUCAAUAUCAGUCAUCGCUCGGAUCCCGAACAGCUCAUCCCAGCAGAAGGGGCGCACAUGGCGUACUCCAGAGCCAACCGAUCUAGCUUACAAUUCGUAAAACCUGUCCAAUCCCACACUCGAAUCCCACCAACACAUGGAUUGCCUGAGUCUGGUACCGAUCGUGUUAGCUUGGGGCUGGCUGACCGCUAG